AUGACCACCGAAAGUCCGGAAAAAACAAAUGUUAGAAUCAGAUCAGGAUUAGAAAGGAGUGAGGCUGGAAGUCACUUGUUGGCAAUUAUUCAAGACCGUUUCGAUCAUCAGCUACUUACAGUGGGGUCAUUCCGCCCUAAAGCAUAUGCCUUUGGGAAGCAUAGGUACGUAAUUAGUGGAAUUGCCAAAAAGAUCACCGAUCUCAGCUGA